GCGUGCGGGGAGCCGGCGGUACUGCUGCACCGGGGCCGGGGCCGUGGCCGGGCCGCUCUGCUGGAGCCAGCGGAACCGGCUGCAGCUGCUGGCGGCGGUGGCGGAGCGGCGGCGGCAGCGGAGCGGGAUGACCCUCAAGUCGGGGCGCAGCGCCAGCGCCGGCAGCAUGCGGACCGCGCUGUCCGACCUCUACCUGGAGCACCUCCUGCAGAACCGGGCCAAGCCCGAGGCCAUCACUCAGUCCCCGAAUGCCAUCACUGAGGACAUUUACACCAACGGCUCAGUGACGGGGGGCAGCCCUUCCCACAGCAACGGCCGCGAGAUGCGCAAGAUCCGCCUCGUCCAGUUCGAGAAGGUCAUGGAAGAGCCCAUGGGAAUCACGCUGAAGCUCAACGACAAGCAGAGUUGUAUGGUGGCCAGGAUCUUCCACGGGGGCAUGAUUCACAGACAAGGCUCCCUUCACGUGGGUGAUGAAAUCAUAGAAAUCAAUGGGCAGAGUGUGAGCAACCACUCAGUUGACCAGCUGCAGAAGAUGCUGAAAGAAACCAAGGGCAUGGUCUCAAUAAAAGUCAUUCCCAACCAGCAAAGCCGCCUGCCUGCUCUCCAGAUGUUCAUGAGGGCACAGUUUGACUAUGACCCCAAGAAAGACAACCUGAUCCCCUGCAAGGAAGCAGGGCUGAAGUUUCAGACCGGGGACGUGAUUCAGAUCAUAAACAAGGAUGACAGCAACUGGUGGCAGGGCCGGGUGGAGGGGUCCUGCACCGAGUCAGCAGGACUCAUCCCUUCUCCAGAGCUGCAGGAGUGGCGUGUGGCAAGCGUCACCCAGUCCGGUCAGAGCGAAUCCCCGAGCUGUAGCCCCUUCGGGAAGAAGAAGAAGUGCAAAGAUAAAUACCUGGCCAAGCACAGCUCCAUUUUUGACCAGCUGGAUGUGGUUUCCUAUGAGGAGGUGGUGAGGCUGCCUGCCUUCAAGAGGAAGACUCUGGUGCUCAUCGGGGCCAGCGGCGUGGGCCGUAGCCACAUCAAGAACGCUCUGCUCAGCAACAACCCGGACAAGUUCAUGUACCCACCCCCUUACACCACACGGCCCCAGAAGAAGAAUGAGGUGGAUGGGAAGGACUACUACUUUGUGUCCACCGAGGAGAUGACCCGGGACAUCUCAGCCAACGAGUUCCUGGAGUUUGGAAGCUACCAGGGAAACAUGUUUGGCACCAAGUUUGAAACAGUGCACAAGAUCCACCAGCAGGACAAAGUCGCUAUUUUGGACAUUGAGCCUCAGACCCUGAAGAUCGUCCGCACGGCCGAGCUCUCCCCAUUCAUAGUGUUCAUUGCCCCAACAGACAAGGCAGAGGAGACAGAGGCCUUGCAGCAGCUCCGGAAGGAUUCGGAGAGCAUCCGGAGCCGAUACGCACACUACUUCGACCUCUCGCUGGUCAACAACGGGGUGGAAGAAAGCCUCCAGCUGCUGCAGGAAGCCUUUGAGCAGGCCUGCAACUCCCCACAGUGGGUGCCUGUCUCCUGGGUCUACUGAGAGGGCAUCCGACCCCAGCCGCUUCCCAUCAGCCAUCCUGCAGCCAUGGGGAGAAACCUCCUCAGGUUUCCCUGAUCCACGCACAGCCCAGCACAAUUCCCUUCCUCUGCUGCUCCACGGACAUGGUCUCAAUUGGGUGACACACACAAUGGGAUCUCCGGAUCCCCUCUCCCAAGGGAACACAGGACAGGGAAUGCCCAGGGGACGGCUGCCUCCCUGGGUACCACAAUGUAGUGUUAAGUGGCUACAGCCAAGCCCAGAGCACCCCGUUAGCUCAGAGCACAGCUCCCACCUCACUGGGCAGGGGAAGGCUCAGUGCUGCUGGAGCACCCAGAUGCUCUCUGCAUCAGGCCCAAGGGAAGUGAAAGAGCAGAGGCUUUGCAGGCAGAUGUCCCCUACCAUGAGCACACUGUGCCACAGACACCUCAACAGCCUGGCUGGAGGCUGCAAGGCUUCAAGGGAACCCACAGCUUAGGAGGCUUCACAGAGACCACACCAGUGUUCCUACAUCUUAGGGUUCCUCCUCACAGAUGGGAAAGAGCAGGAAAAGGAGAACAUGGAUUGGAUGCUGGUGGCAUAGCACAUGCCACCCCCAGGCAGGCCUCAGCCCAUGUUCUGAGGUUGGAAUUGUGCGAUUCCCUGUGUAACUGUAAAAGCUCAGUGUAUUUCAAGUCUUCACUGUGCAGCUUGGAUUGUUACUGCCUCAGCAGCAGCCAAGGAAGUCCCAUGGACUAAACCCCAGAGGGACAGGCAGUUCAAUGGGUAAAUCUAGCCACAAGUAGCAGUUGCAUGCAAUAGAAACAGCAUCUCUGCAAAGAUCAUCCAGGCAUGCUUUCUCCGGUCUAGGGUGUACUUGCACACUGUAUGUGAGCAUAAAAGCCAUCCCUGCAAAGGGAAUCCUCCUGCAGGAGCGUAGUGAAGCACAAACCCCACCGUGACCAUGUCUGGGAAGCAUCACCCUGGCUCCUGGGCAAACCAUAGCCAUCAUUUAGGUGAACUCUCAUUUGUGUGUUCAGCAGUCAGCUAAGGGAAAGGGGUUCAGAAGUCUUGUGCAAUUCUUAAAGGAUGCCAAAACCACAAUCGAUGUGCAAUAGGGACCUUUGUUCUGAUCCACUGCAGGGAAACAAUGAGCAGCAAUAAACGUGUGCUGAGACAUUGC